UAUUUGUUUUUAUGCAAGGGAGGGAGCCGCGCGCGCUUUCGGAAAGCGGUGGUGGAUUAUUAUUAUUAUUAUUAUUAUCAUUAUGGUGCUUAUUAUUAUGAUGCCGAUGUCGAACACGGCGGACUAUUGGCAUCAUCAUCUUCAUCAUCAUCAUCAUCGGCUCCCAUAGGAAGGAGUCCGCCGCCUGUUUUUUUGUUUUUGUUUUGUUUUGUUUUUUCUUUUAGAUUAAUUUUCUUUAGAAUUUUUUAUUUUUGUUAGUAGAAUAUUUGCUUCCUGGAACGCCGAGACCUGCCGCAACCUCCGUUCAAUGCCGUUGGAACAUGUCCUAUGUUCCCAUUCAAGAUGCAAGGUGUGCCGCCCCCCCCUCCUACCACCAGCACCACCGUCACCUCCUGCACCUCCACCACCACCACCAGCAGCGCUCCCAGCAGGUCCCGGCCUUCCACGGCGUCCCCCCCGCCUACGGCCGCCCCUCCUACGAGUACCCGUCCGACGAGCGCCCGCCGCCCGACCGCUGGAACGCCCGUCUGCGCGUGAGCCCCGGAAAGCCCUCACACAUGUUGGACCAGGAAGAGGUGCACCCUCUGCUGAUGCGCGAGCGGCGCUCCGAGUCGCACAGGAACAAGCUGCUGCGCCGCACGGUCAGCGUUCCCGUUGAGGGCCGACAUCAUCCCGAGACGGAUCACCGACCUCGGCGGAAGAGCAUCGCCACGGGGAAGCAGCCCAGCAUGGACGUCCCCCCCGCCGCCCCCCUUCAGCCCUUCCGACAGUCCGUGAGUAACCCCCCCGCCUGUUCCCUCUCGCUGCCCCUCGCGCCCCCCCGCGCCGCCGCCCGCGCACGGGGCCGGCGGGCCGGCGGCACCCCGCCGCUCGCCCCCUCGCCCCUCUCCCCGCUGCGCCGCGGGAACGACGGCGGCGCGCCCCCCUUUCCCCGCUCGCUGCCCCUCUCCCCUUGCCUGUCGCUCCCCCUGCCCCGCUCGCCCUCCUCCUCCUCCUCCUCCCCCCCCCCCUUCUCGUACUGGGGCGGAGACUGGAGGGCCCCCGCUCGGAGUCCCGCGGCGGGAGGAAGCUUAACUGCAGCGCUGCCCCCCACGGAGAGUUUCCUGAGCAGGAGGUUGAAGGGUUCCAUCAAGAGGGCCAAGAGUCAGCCCAAGCUGGACCGAACCAGCAGCUUCCGACACAUGAUCCUGCCUCGCUUCCGCAGCGCCGACCAGGACAGGACGCGUUUGAUGCAAAGCUUCAAGGAGUCGCACUCGCACGAGUCGCUGCUGUCGCCCAGCAGCGCGGCCGAGGCGCUGGACCUCACGCUGGACGAGGACGCCGUCAUCAAGCCCGUCCACUCCAGCAUCCUGGGCCAGGAGUACUGCUUCGAGGUGACCACGGCGUCGGGAACCAAGUGCUUUGCGUGUCGCUCGGCGGCCGAGAGAGACAAAUGGAUCGAGAACCUGCAGAGAGCCGUCAAGCCCAACAAGGACAACAGUCGGCGUGUGGACAACGUGCUGAAGCUGUGGAUCAUCGAGGCGCGCGAGCUGCCCGCCAAGAAGCGCUACUACUGCGAGCUGUGCCUGGAUGACAUGCUGUACGCGCGAACCACCAGCAAGCCGCGAACCGACACGGUCUUCUGGGGGGAGCACUUUGAGUUCAACAACCUGCCCGCCGUGCGAAACCUACGCCUGCACCUCUAUAAGGAGACAGACAAGAAAAGACGCAAGGAAAAGAGCACCUAUUUAGGCCUGGUGAGCAUCCCCAUCUCCAGCAUCACGGGGCGUCAGUUUGUGGAGCAGUGGUACCCCGUCAUCCAGCCCAGCGUCCUCACCAAGGGGACGGGCGUGGGCGGCGGCGGCAAGAUCAUCAACGCCUCGCUGCGCCUCAAGUCCCGCUUCCAGACCAUGAACAUCUUGCCCAUGGAGCUUUAUAAGGAGUUCGCAGAGUACAUCACCAACAACUACCGAACGCUCUGCGCCGUACUGGAGCCUGUACUCAGCGUCAAGAGCAAAGAGGAAGUGGCCUGCGCACUGGUCCACAUUCUACAGAGCACCGGAAAAGCGAAGGACUUCCUGUCGGACAUGGCCAUGUGCGAGGUGGACAGAUUCAUAGACCGGGAGCACCUUAUCUUCAGAGAGAACACUCUGGCCACCAAAGCCAUCGAAGAGUACCUCAAGCUCAUCGGACACAAGUACCUCAAGGAUGCCAUCGGGGAGUUCAUACGCGCCUUGUACGAGUCGGAGGAAAACUGCGAGGUGGACCCCAUGCGAACGCCUCCCUCCGUGCUGCCCGACCACCAGGCCAACCUGAGAAUGUGCUGCGAGCUGGCCCUCUGCAAGAUCGUCACUUCCCAUUGCGUGUUCCCGCGCGAGCUGAAGGAGGUGUUCGCCUCGUGGCGAGUGCGCUGCGCCGAGCGCGGGCGCGAGGACAUCGCCGACCGGCUGAUCAGCGGCUCCCUCUUCCUGCGCUUCCUGUGUCCCGCCAUCAUGUCGCCGUCGCUCUUCAACCUGACGCAGGAAUACCCCGACGAGCAGACGUCGCGCACGCUCACGCUCAUCGCCAAAGUGGUGCAGAACCUCGCCAACUUCUCCAAGUUCGGCAACAAGGAGGAGUACAUGUGCUUCAUGAACGAGUUUGUGGAGAUGGAGUGGGGCUCCAUGCAGCAGUUCCUCUACGAGAUCUCCAACGUGGACAGCGUGAGCAACGCCGGCGGCUUCGAGGGCUACAUCGACCUGGGCCGCGAGCUCUCUGUGCUCCACAGUCUCCUCUUGGAGGUCAUGGCCCAGCUCAGCAAGGACGCCAUCAUCAAGCUGGGCCCUCUGCCGCGGCUGCUGAACGACAUCAGCGUGGCUCUGCGCAACCCGCACCUGCAGCGGCAGCCCAGCCAGCAGGCGGAGCGGCUCCUGUCCCGGCCCGCCUUCCACCGGGGCAUCUCGUCCGAAUUCCAGAACCUCCUGAUGAGGGACCUCAACAGCUCCGUGGACAUCACCCGCCUGCCUUCCCCGACCUCCACCGGCGGGGUGAUGCCGUCCCGCUCCCAGAUGAGCUUUCAGGACCGCGACCGCCUCCUCCAACGAGCCUCGUCCAAAGACGUGUUCUACGUGUCCCGCCCCCCGCUGGCUCGCUCCAGCCCCGCCUACUGCACCAGUAGCUCCGACAUCACCGAACCCGACGCCAAGGAUUCCCGAAUGAACAGCGUGUCUAACCUGCAGUCGGUGGACAUGCUCAACUCCUCCCAGGCCUCCAUCGCCGGCAUGGGCAGCUUCGGGGGGAUGAGCGGCGGAGGCGGUGGCGGCCUGGGUUCGGGCCUCGGCGGCCAGCCGCGGGCCGGCGGCAGGCUGUCGGGCGGCUCCGGCGUGUCCGGCGGCCCGCGGCCGAGCCGGAUGAGCGCCGCCGACUCGCUGUCCCAGCAGCAGCAACAGCAGGCCGCCGCCAUGCGCUACCCGCUUUCCUUCCAGAAUCCCCUCUUUCACCUGGCGACGGCGGACGGGCCCCGGCACCCGCACCGGCAGCCGCAGCACGGGCGCGCUCAGCCCCCCGCGCCCCUGCUCCUGGCCCCCGAGCCGGAGCCCUCGCACCCCAGCUACGUGGCGCAGUUCGCCCACGGGGGCUUCUCCCGCAGCGAGGACCUGUCCACCCUCAGGACCCGCGACGGCCACCUGGGCCAGCCCAGCAUCAUCCACUCGCACAGCUACAGCGACGACUACGGCAGGGCCGACUACGCCCGCCGGCAGAUGUCCGUGCACAUGCAGGACAACAUGCAGCAGCAGCAGCAGAUGAUGGGCCUGACCUCCCAGACGGGCACCUCCCACUCGUCCUUGGCCGCCACGCCUCCCUCCACGGUCCAGCCCCGAGGUCCGCCGCCUCCCGCCCAACGCGUCAAAUCCCAGACGUCCCACCAGCUGUCGGUCAGCGCCGCCGCCGCCGCCCCGGUCAAGUCGCGGCCGCAGAGCGGAAACCUCCUCCAAUCGCCCGAGUCGGCCUACGGGGCCGGGAGGCCGCAGCACGGCGGAGGCGGCCGGCAGCUGUCCGUCAAGGACAGCGCGGCGCCGGGGCUGCCUCGCCAGCAGAGCUCGGUCCGGGAGUCGGGGAGCCCGCAGGGCACCGGCAGCCCCGGCGCUCAGACGUCGCCCCAACAGCAGCAGCAGCAGCAGCCUCAGCCGCAGCAGCAGAACCUCCUCAAGCCCAACCUCGGCAAACAGGGCUCGCAGGCGCCUUCGAGCCUCAACCCGCCGACGCCGGCCAAUGAGCGGACGGUGGCCUGGGUGUCCAACAUGCCGCACCUGUCUGCCGACAUCGAGAGCUCGAGAAUCGACCGCGAGGACUUCAAGCUCAAGGAGUACUCCAAGAGCAUGGACGAGUCGCGCAUGGACAGGGUGCGCGAGUACGAGGAGGAGAUCAACUGCCUGAAGGAGCGUCUGGUGAUGUCGCACAAGAAGCUGGAGGAGUACGAGCGGCGCAUGCUGACGCAGGAGCAGCAGACCAACAAGAUCCUGCUCCAGUACCAGAACCGGCUGGAGGACAGCGAGCGGCGCCUGCGCCAGCAGCAGCUGGAGAAAGACUCGCAGAUCAAAGGCAUCAUCAACAGACUCAUGGCCGUGGAGGAUGAGAUACGGGGAGGACACGUCAUUGAGCCAAAAACAACCAGGAUUUUCCCAGAUCAGGGGAGGCGUCAGUCCAUCCUAGUGCAGCCUCGUCUCGCCCCCGUCCCACCCCGAGUCUCCAGGUAAUAACCCCAGCCGACAAUCUCUCUUUCUCU